AUGAGGAUCCUGAUCACAUUUGCUUAUACCUUAACCCUACUUGUCGCAUUGGCGCAAGCACAAAAUGUUCCCACCACGGCUGAAGUUCUUACGAAUAUUUAUUACAGGUGUGCUGAUAGUAAAUCAAUGUUGUCAUGUGUAAAACCAAAAGUAUUAUCAUACCUGAGUGACGCUGCUAAACAAGACAAACUUGCUAUCACUGAUGAUUUAUCGAUAAUUAAAUCAAGAGAUAUAAAGGAAGAAAAUCCUGACGAAUAUUAUCCAACGAAAUAUGACAUAGUUGAUCCAGCUAGAAAAGAACUUCUACGAUCAUUGAUGUUAGAAAAGGUUGAUGCUUAUUUGUCCAGUCAUACGCUCGAGGCUAAAUUACCCGAAGCAAUUGUUGGAUCAAAUAUUGUACCAAGAUCAUUGGUCGAAAAUGUACCUAAAUCUUUAACUGUACCACUCAGUGAUUCAUCAAAUGGACAAGGACGUGGUUUCGUGAAGAAAGUUAUGAUUCCUUUCCUUUUGGGUCUGAAGUUCAAGGCCACCGCAUUGGUGCCCCUGGCAUUAGCAUUGAUCGCAAUGAAAACGUGGAAAGCUCUUACUCUCGGUCUUCUAUCAAUGGUUUUGAGCGGUGCAAUGAUGAUAUUCAAGUUGACCAAACCUAAAGUUGCAUACGAAGUUGUUCAUUAUGGACAUCCACCUGUUGAACAUCCACCUCAUUGGGAUACUUCAGCACAUGGUCCAUACAGAGCCUAUAGGAAAUAG